GGAAGUAUGAGGGGAGAUGCAGAGCGGAGGAAAUCUUGAGAACAUACCAAGCCUCGUUUUCCAUCCAGAAGUUCCCAGGCCUGAAGUCGACAAGUGCAAUGCCUCUGCUUUGGGGGCCUUCUUGUGUGAACGGGGCUUUGGUUCGAUUUUUGCGGCGAGGAAGUCUCCUCCAGCUCGGGACUGUGUAGGCCGACACCGAGAGGCACACACAAUGGUUAGUAAAAAGACGUAAAGAUACGAGUGAAUCUGUGGAUUUGGUUUUCCCACUCAGUCUUGGUCCCCUUUACUGUGUGAGAGUCUCGCGAAAAAGUCGAUUUCUGCUUUUCUCGACUUGUCUUUCGACUCCGUCCCCGACUUUUUUUUCGUGAUUCGUUUGCUGCAUGCAGUUCUCUCGGUCUCGCAGUCAGUCACCUUUUCUCGGCCUAAAAGUCGUAGCUGUGUGUGUCCCGCGAGAGCCCCGUCCUACGAACGUUUUGCGGGACUGAAGAAGCCUUUUGGCAGUUCGCAUGCAACCGAGAAUCCGUUCCAGGAGGACCGAAAAACAAGGAAAAACUGUGUGGGUUCAAGAAACGAGAAACGCGCUUGCGGUUUCCGUCGCGUGCAUGUAGGGCCGGGCUACCCUCGCUUCGUCGGAAAGCAUUUUUUCAGAAACUUGCGUUUCUUUGCCCCGGACUCUUUCGAGUUUCGACGAAACUCGAUUGCCGUCUUCUUGAGCGUUUCAGAAGUUCCUUUUUUCAGAGGCCUUGAGGAAUUGGCCGUUGUCUCUUGCCGCGCACAAGAAACCGUCCUCGCACCGAAAACUUUCUUCCUCGAUCUUUCACCGUGGAUCUUUUUUAUCUUCUUCCCUUUUCGGUUUUUCUUUGCUCUCCACUCUUCCCUCUGCUUCCCUCGGCUUCCCUGUUCGUCACUGAGACCUUCAACGAACUGAUGCGCGACAAUCUGCUGGACUCACGCAACUCAAAAAGACGACACUCUGUUCGUUGUGUUUGCUUCCUGCGUUGCUGUUCUCGCUCGAGUCUCUCUGUGUCGGGUGCCGAGUGAUCAAGGCUGCAUGCCGUCAAAACUCUCUUUUUUUCCAGAGAUCCCAUCUGUGGUUUCUGGAACUAGCCACACAGACAGAGCUUCCCCGCCUGCGUCUUCUCGACUGAUGGCUUUUCUGUCGGUUCCGCUGGUGUGAGUCUUCUCUUGUUGUCAACUCCUCCCGUCUUCUGCUCUCUGAUCGGAGGCGUUCCUCGUCGCCAUCGAGAGAAUACACAGAACAUUUCUCGCCUUCGUCUGAUUCGAGUCUUUUCUUCCCUGCUCCUGCACAGGCCUCGGCUGUUUUCUCCUCGUUUGCCUGACCCAUCGUUCCACUGUCUGCUCUCGAUCGUCUUCGGGGACUUGCUUCUCGCUGAUUCUCGUCUCUCUCUUCAGUCUUUUUCUGUCGCUGUCAUCUCGAAUUUUCUUUCUUCUGCCUCUCGUCGCAACAUGGCGCCUUCUGCGGCGACUAGUGCCCCGCAGACCCCCGCCGGCUCCACGGAGGCGCGACGAACGAAUCCUUUUCUUGAGUUCCAGGUUGUCGUUCUAGCCGGCGGAAGCAGUUCGCGCCUGUCGAGCUUGACAGGAACUCCCAAGGAAAAAGGCGGCUGCUGCAAGGCCAUGCUGCCAGUGGGGAAUCGCCCAAUGUUGUGGUAUUGUCUCAAGAAUUUGCAGGAAUCACGUUUUGGAGACGCGAUUGUCUUGACCCGUCAAGAAGAACAGGCAGAGAUCCUCGCGUAUUUGCGGCAAGAGUUUCCAAAUGCGUUUCAGCGCCUCGAGGUCGUCGGUCUCGGCCGCGAGGCUGAGACGGGCAAGAGCAGAGGAGACUUCGAGGAAGAUGACGUUGUCUGCGGAACUGCAGAGGCUCUCCUGCAAAUCAAACAUCUCCUUGUCACAGACUUCUUCGUCAUCACCUGCGACGUCAUCGGCCCCGUCGACUUCUUCAGUCUCGCCAAUCUGCACAGAGUAGAGAACGCAGCGUGCUCUGUGUAUCUCCUUCGUCGAGAUUAUCUGUCUGAGGGAGCGUCGGAGAUUCUCGACCGAGGUGCUCACGGAAAGGCGGGGAAGGGCGGCAAGAAAAAAGCCACCCCAGAGAAAGUCGACAAGGAUGCGAACAAGGGCAACCCUGUCGCGAUUGCUUUUGAGGAGACAGAAACGCUUCUUCUGGGGAUUCAAGAUCGCCACAGCAUCAGCCACGGGGCGCAAUUAGCAAUUCCGAAGUUGACUCUCUUCUACCAUCCCUCCGUUUUCGUGAAGGCAAACCUGUACGACCCUCACGUGUAUCUCUUCAAGCUGUCGGCUCUGAAGAUUCUCGAGGACCCAAAACUCCGGAACACUCUGACCUCCAUUCGCUUCGACCUCGUUCCCUACAUGUCCCUCAUGCAGAUGACUCCACAAGCAUCUCUCUGGUCUUCGAGCCGUCUCGACUGUGACGUUUUCGACGAGCUCCUGGACUCCUUCGAUGAACCUCACAAGAAGCGCGAGGACAAGGAACAAGACCGAAGCCGCGAACAAGGGUACACCCUGGCGAACCGUCCAGAGCAGCCUAGAAAAGGAAACAAGGUCGUUUUCGCUUUGCAUCCGGACUGCGCUGGAAUUUGUUGCCGUGUCAACAAUAUUCACGAUUACUACGAAAUGAAUAUGAAAUUUUGUAGCAACCGCAUGGACGAGCUCCGGGGGAUCAUGCCCGAAUGGAUGCUGCCUGCUCAACCGGCAAAAAAGUCACCGACUAUGCGGGACAGCACAGUGGCGGAAGGCUGCACGUUCGCCGAGAGCGCUGUGAUCAAGCGAAGUAUUUUCGGAGCCGAAGUGUCUGUGGGCUCCAAGGCCCGAGUGACUGCGAGCGUUCUCCUCGAAGGAGGAAAGAUCGAGGAAGAAGCAACGAUUCAGAGAUGCAUUGUCGGCAGAAGGGCAACCGUCGGCAAGGGAUGCAAGCUCACCAAUUGCCAAGUUCGCCAUGGCUACUCUGUGCCGCCGGGGACUGUUGCGGAAGACGAGGUUCUUCCUUUGUUCACAGACGACGCCUGAAGCUCGACGGCAUCUCGGCGUUUGUGGAAAGGUCUUUCAACUGCAGGCGCUCGUGUGUCUGCUGGCGUCAGCCUUGUGUGGAGCUCUCUGCCUUCCUCUGCAGGUUUUUCUUUGUCUUGUGUGCUCGAAAGGACUGGCCCACCUAGCGGCUUUCAAAGAGGAACUGGGACGAAGAAAGGAACGAGCGGAGUUGAGUGACUCUGGAGAAGCAAAGCGAGAGACAAGAGCCUUAUUGGCGUUAACGGAUUAACGCCUUUGGCGUUGAACUUUCCUUUUCCAUGGAGUGCGCGGGAAGAGACGGACGAAGACGCAGAUACACAAGGAGAUUGAUUCGAGCUUUGUUGCGUUCCUGCGUUCCGUUCUCCCAUCGCCAGACGACCUGUUUGUCUUGCUGCUCUUCUCUUUCUCUGGACGCGUUCAGCGAGACAAAACGACUACCCAGAUACGCGUGUGACGGUAUACCGCCCUGGGAGAAGUCCUCUCUGAGAAGGAUGAUUUAUAGGUUUUUUUGGAGUUUGUGUACCCUACGAGCUGCGCCACACGGUUGUUUUGUGCAUUGAUCCCGCGACUCUGAACUCCGUACCAGCUCUGUGAGACCGUUUGCAGUAUCUCGAAUUAGGUCGCUUCGCGAAAAUUGUUUCCCCCUGCUUCUCUGCUCCUCUGCUGGUUUUCGCUGUGUCUGCGUUACAGCUUUUCCUUUCCUCUCUUCUUGCGUUUGGCGUCUGCAUCGUUUGUUUUCCCCUCUACCUCUCUUUUGCCUGUCUCCGUUGUCUCUCGUCCCUAGGAACGGAGCGAGACUCAGUGAAACAUGAGUCUCACAGAGAGGCUACACGAAGCGGAGAUGAGAGCAGACGGAUAGAACUACCACUUGCCCCAGUUUCGAAUGAAAAGGAACGAGAGAUGCAGAUGUCUCGAGAGCGAGGAAAAGAAGAACGGUGCUCAGACCGUGCCGAGCUCCGGAAACGACAGGGACUUUGAGCGGAGAGAAACAGAUGUUAAUAAAAGCUCCGAAGGCCCGACGAAAAAUGGCAGAGAGAGGGAGCGAAGCGAGUCGAAUGUGGAACUCUGUACGUGGAAGGCAAUAUACCGUAGAGACUAACACAAGGAAGGAGAUCACCAAAGUUGAGAGAAUGAAAUCUAUACAGCUUGCUACAACUGUUGCUGUUUCAAAAUACGCUGGACACCACAAAAAAA